AUGGCGUCCAAGUGGCCGGAGAGGGUCGGUUCUUUUUGCAGCGGUCCGUCCAGCUUCCUGUCGGGAACAAACCCGGAAGUGUUCCUGUCGGAGCUGCUGAGGGAGCUCCGAGAUGACCGAGCCAGCUCCAGCAUCAAGGUGGUCCUGUUGUCUCCUCUCUGUGAGUACCCGACUCUGCUGUGUCCAUCAGACCCUGCCGGGGAAGAGACGGCCCUGGACCUGAUGUCCGUGUUCACCCAGUGUCCCCCUACAUGCACCCAGUUCCGCUGCCAGCUCCUGGUGACCCUCACCUGCGUCCUGAUCUGCUCCUCCUGUGUGAGCAAGCGUUCCCAAGUGUCCCUGGACUUCCUGGACCUGGUGCUUCAAGUUGCUCAGGACACCGGUGACAUCAGCAGUACCAGCCCACAGCGCUCUCUGAGGGCCACCGCUUGCGACUGCCUUCGGGAUCUGGAGGCCUGCUGCCCUGGCCUCCUCUCCCAGCGCCUGGAGCUCCUGGGUGGGCUGCGGCAGCAGGAGACCUCCAGGCUGCACCAGGUCUACACGGGCCUUCAAACGGUGGCUCUGAGAAAUGCGGUUUAUCAUCUCAGUCAGGAACCAGGAGCAGGGGCCGAGCAUCUUAAAGCUCUCCUGGGAGGAAACACUUCGGCCGUGUGGGAAGCAGACCAGGACUCGUUUCAGAUGGAAGGCAAAGACUGGCCUGGACUGGCCUCCCUGGUCCUGGGCCCGAUGGGCUCGGUGCCGACGCUCCACACUGGAGCUGACUGUAAGGAGCUGAAAUCGGUCCUGUCCUCUCUGUUAGAGGAGUCCUACCUUCUCACUCCCCUGUGCCAGGCUGCACUUCUGCACAGAGUCACCGAGGUGGUCGCCAUGGUACCGGGGGUCUCGCCGGCCAUUUUGAGAGCUCAGCUGCUGCGGCUGCUGGGAACCAGUGAGGUGUGCCUGUUUCAUGUGGCCCUGCUGAUGAAGGGUGCGUUCACCGACAGCUUGUUCAGCGCUGAAGACGAGGCCUUCCUCCUGAAGCGGCUGGUGGUCCUGUCCCAGCACCCGGUCCUCAGCACACCUGAGAAGCUCUUCUACAUGGACUGCAUCCUGCACUUCCCAGAGAACCGUCCAAUCAGCUGCGGCGACGGUGAGGCCCUCCCUGUGCUGCUAACCCCGCAGCUGGCUUCAGCCGUUCUGCCCACGGUGUUCAACGAUGGCGGCACCCUGCUGGCUCGGCUCCGCCUGCUGUCCUUGGUCUACCUGGAGGAAGGAGACGUGGGGGGUGAGGGACUGGCCUACCUGUAUGGUCAGCUGAGGUCGCUGCUACGUGUCGUAGAGAGCGGAGGCAGCAGAGAUAUCGCGGUGACUUUUUUCAGAGCGGCCUUCCUCGUCCUCCUUUACUUCAGCCACAUGGAGCAGUUCUGUUCAGGUCUGAGCCGCCAGCUGUGUCAGCUCUACCUGCAGCACCCCCAGCUGGCCCCUCACAUCAUCAACAUGGCCGACCGGACUCAGGAGAGACUUCCUGAGUCUGGCUGGGCUUUAGGACUACUGAGGGGCCUCCAGAAGGUGAUCACAGAGGCCCGGCUCACCCUACAGGACCUUGGCUGGCACCUGAAGGUUCUCGCUCGGGUGGCAGAGGAAGCAGAAAUCAGCCAGCGCUGCACCCUCACCAUCCUGACCAGCAUCAUCACCUCCUCUCUGUGCACCGGUGGUGACUGGCGUCUGGGAAACGGCUUGCUAGGAGUUUGCCGCCGUUUGCUCCUUCACCCCACUGUGGACUCCAUGCUUGUCGCUCUGGCGGACAUCCUUCAGCACCUCGCGUGUCACUAUGGAGACACGGACAUUCAGGACCAUGCCCGCCUCUACUUCACCCUCCUCACCACGCUGUCUCAGGAGAAGCUGGCAGCGAUGCUGGAACAGGGCCCGACUGAAGGCGAGCGUCAGGUCAAGAAGAGAACACUGUCCUGUCUCAUGGCUGAGAGCGAGGGACUGACGAGCACGCUAACCGUCCACCGGACAGACAAGCCCAUACUCCGUCUGACUGAGGCUCCGGAACAGCCGGAAGAAACCACAAGCUGCGACUCAAACCAGAACGAGCUCAACGAAGCACUGGAAACCUACAGAGCUCAGUUCGCCGACCCUCACUUUGCUUCAGAAGUUACCUUGAAGUACCAGCUGACCCACACGGAGGCUUCUGAACCUGGUUUCGACCAGAUCUUUAGCAUCCGCCUACACUUCGACCUCACCGACCAUCACUACGAGCAGCUGGAGGACAUAAGUGUCCCAUGUCUCUUCAGAGAGAGACCGCCACCUGUAGUCCAGCUCAGACUGAAGCCCCGGCAGCCUUACCCCACCAGCCUCCACGUGAGCGCCAUGUUCACCACCAGAGAAGGGUUGACCUGGCACACCCAUCUGCCCGAUGUUCAUGUGGUGUUCCAGCAGGUCUUCAUGCCUCUGCCGGCACCCCCAUCCUGGGCUCCAGGAAGCAGACUGAAGGUGUUCCAGAACCUCUGGGACGAAAUCUGCUCCGAGACGGGAGACGGAGCCGUCAGUCUGUUCUGCUGCCAGCUGAGGGGGGCGGCUCUGAACGUGCUGCUGGACAAACACCUCCUGCCCUUCCUCCUGCCAGGCCCGUCCGGACAAGAGGAGUCCAAGGUUCUGAUUUAUCUCCCUCCUCAGAACCACGUGCUGCUGAGCAUCAGAGCCGAGGAGGACGCCGUGCACUUCGACAUCGCCACUGAUAACUGGCAGCUUCUGCCACACGUGAACUCCUACCUGCUGACCAUCACGAGCUGACCGGGCUGCAGCCCACAGACGUCUUUUAUACCCAAAAGUUUAUUUUAACAAAUUAAUCUUGUCCAAGCCUUAAACAGUUCAUUUAAAAUCAUCACU